GGGCGGGACUUAUGAAGUAUAUUACUGAAUGACGCACCCUCUUCCUCAUUGUGGUGUUGAGGCAGACGUGCGUUUCAGGCUCUGCGUAACACAUUAGCAAAGAUGGUGAAGAUCUUCAUUGGGAACCUGCCUCCACAGGCAGAAGCAGAAGAAAUAAAGUCCCUGUUCGCUCAAUAUGGAACAGUCACUGAGUGCGCCAUUAUCAAGAACUUUGCCUUUGUCCACAUGGAUGAUCGUAAAAGUGCUACAAAGGCAAUAAAAAACCUUCAUUUGUACAAGCUGCAUGGAACACCCAUCAAUGUUGAAGCAAGUCGGAGCAAAAACCAGGGCCCGGUGAAGCUUCAUGUUGCCAAUGUGGAGAAAGGAGCAGAUGAAGAGCUCAGAGCACUGUUUGAAGAGUACGGCUCUGUUUCCGAAUGUGCCGUCAUUAAGAACUUUGCCUUCGUACACAUGACCAAUUCCGAUGAGGCCAUGGAUGCCAUCAAGGGGUUGGACAACUCUGAUUUCCAAGGCAAACGAAUUCAUGUGCAGAUUUCAAAGAGUCGACCAAGAGGCGAGGAGGAAGACUAUGGCCCCCCAGACGGUGGAUUUUGGCCACCCCGUUUCCCUGGUGACCGACCCGAGCCUCCUGGUUAUCCUAGGGGUCGCUUCGGGUAUCCCCCUGGUCCCCCUCCACCACCACCACCCAUGCCCCCCAGACGCCCCCCAUACCCAGAGCGUGCUGCACCGGCAUACGAGCGAGAACGCGGUGUGGUUGAUUAUUACGAGAAGUACCGUGCUCGCCCUUACGGCGUCUCCUCCUAUGAGGACCGGCGUAUGGGUGCCAUCCCCCCUCCCCCACCGCCCCCGUCAUCAAGCAUUAUGAGAGAGAGAUUGUCUGGCAAUGGCCUCGACCCCUAUGAGCGACGCCCCCUUCCACCACCGCCAUCCUCGUACUAUGCACGAGACCGCAGUCCCAUCAGACGUGUUCCUCCUCCCCCUCAGCCACCCGCUGGGAAUGGUUACUCAUUCGAGCGAUCUCGUCUCUCACCUCUUUCCAUGUCUCGGACCCCGAUGUACAGCAUGCCUCGGGCCAGAGACCCCUAUGCUGACAGGGCGGCGCCACCUCCACCACCUCCGCGCUACUCGUAUUAAAGUGCACCACUGCGCUUUUGUAAUCCAAGGUGUAAAUUAUUCAACAAGAUCGUCGUCGUUGUCUCCAGGUGCACGUGCCGCGAUGCGUCUUUGUCUGCCAGAGCGCGUUUCGUUCGCCUGCGCACCAUAGUGGAAGAGUUCUGUUGCGGACUGCACAUUCUAUAAAACUACCGCUUUUACACGCAUAAAAACGUCCUCAUGCUAAAUUGUCAACUCUGCUUUAUUUUUUGCCUUGUUUUUAUUGUUUAACAUUGGAUAGGUGAGAGAAGCACUAAGCCAGAAUACAUAAAUUAGGUUAACUUGGUGGUUUGGUUAAGACUAUUAAAGGUCUAUUAAAAACGUCUUAUAAAAAUUCUUCUUUCAAAGAACUCUUCAUUGUAUCACACUGUACCUUUUUACCUUUUAAAAAUCUGGAAGGAGGUUAUCGUUUGUUAUUAAACUACUGUAGCAAGCGCCAUGACAAUUUUGAUUUAGAACCAAAAAUUUAUGUGUAAAGCUUUUUCUUUUUUUUUCUCUCUCUUUCCCCCCCCCCCCCCCCCUCUCUAAUCUGUUUGUUAAAGUGCGGCAUGCAAGAAAGCAUAUAGUCUCCGCAGCAAUAAAACCUUUCCGUCUACUGGCAUUAUUGAAAAUGUGUUGUAAAGUGUGCAUUUUAAUUGCAGAUUAUCGAAGUUAAAGGACUUUGUAUCAUUUUCUUUCAUAGGAACACUUGCAAGUUUUAAUAAAAAAAAAAAAAAAAAAAAGACUGGAACUUGGUUCGUCGUUUUGCUUUUAUUGCCAACCUUUUAAACUCAAGUUGCCUAAAAUAGGCUUAAAAGUUACUAUAUAGCUUGGAGAUUGACACACAAAUUAAAACCAUAACAUCUUGCUUCCUAGUUUAGAAGUAUUACGGAGAAUGAAACCGCUUCUGCGGCGAAAUGAAAACGAUUACCAUCCAUUCGUCUUCAAAUCUAUUCUUGCCCUAAACCAUUAUCGUCUCAGUAUUCCUGGUCCGUGUCCAAAUAAUCCUAUCAUUCAGAUUCACAAAGUGGGUAGACUUGCCAAUAUUUCCAAUCAGUGGUCCUUUUUAAGUGUAAUUGUGACAGGUAAGUCGCUUGAUUUAGUUUCUUCAGCAUGCCAUUUAUAUACUUAAUUGUUUCAUGGUAGGUUCAGUACAGAGACUGAAUAUGUGUCUCAGGAACCAAAUGUUUUGCAAGUGAUGAACUCAUUCCUGAGGGUAAGUUUUAUAUUUUAGGUUAACUUGUGCUUGUCCCCCCUCAUAGUUUUGUCUUGAAUUUACAAUAAAAUGUGUUGUCCGUUCACUCAUUUACCCAUGGGACACCAAGUGAAUGCCUCUUCUGGCAGUGAUCUCCGCAUAGAAACAUUUAUUUUUCCUUUAUAAGGUGACUGCAAUUUCAAUAAACCAAUAAAGCUUUUUUUUCCUACCCAAA